AUGAACGAUGACGAAGAGGAAGCGAACAAGAGGCUAAGGGCGUCGUCGGCUCUGCUGCCACCAGACGAUCGAAUAAGAAGCUCGACGCUUAUGCUGAAAUACAUGCAACUUGAUGCUGACAAAGUCCUCUCGGCAUAUGGGCGUUUUGGUAGAUACCAGAUGGUCACCUACCUCAUUACAAAUAGUGUACAUAUUUUAUUCGCUAUUAAUAUGAUGGUAAUGCCGUUCAUAACCGAAGAUCCGGAAUUCGAGUGUCAAAUUACCCCACCCGAUGGAGUGCAAUGGGAGUACACCAUAGUAGACAAGUGCACAGUGAUGGAUAGUAACAACUGGACGCUCUCAUGUAGCAACGUUCCGGGCUCAAAGUACAUUUACAAUGAUACGAAUCACGAAUCGUUAGCGUCUGAAUUCAACUUGGUUUGUGACAACUACGAAUCAGUGGAACACGGUGCUUCAGUAUUCAUGCUCGGUGGUAUGAUAGUGGCUCCGAUAAUCACUCAACUGUCUGACUUGUUUGGUCGCCGUCUCACCUUCCUCAUUCCACUGUAUGUAGCAGUCAUAUCGAACCUCAUCUGCGCCGUAGCACCAAAUUAUGUCAUCUUUCUGAUUUUUCGAUUUUUCGCAGGAGUUGCCACCACGGGAUUCUCAGUCAUCGGAUUUGUUCUAUGCAUGGAAUCUGUCGCGUUGGAAUUCCGUUCACUAAUACCCUUCAUGGGGAGUAUCACCUGGGUUAUUGGGAUGAUACCGGAAUCACUUCAUUGGCUCAUCACAAACAAAAAGGACAAAGAUAUCUCAAGUGUUGUGAUGAAUGGAACGUAUUGGGCUCUGUCAUUGUUUUCGACAGAGCUUAGUGAUGACAAAAUGACCGGUUUCUUUCUCUCAGGUCUCGUUGAGUUACCCGCUGGACUCGUAUCUAUCGUUCUUCUGAUCUAUUUAGAUAGAAAGACGGUCUCAUUUUUAUCACUUGUCCUACAAGCAUUCUCGAUGGUGUGUGCACUAUACUUGCCGUUGAGUAAGAAAACGGCAAUGAUCUUUCCUCUGAUGGCGAAAAUCUUCAACUCGAUUGCUUGGUCGUCACAACCACUUCUUUAUACCGAAUCCACACCAACAUCUGUACGAAAUGUAUUUUGUGGCGUGGCCGGAUUUUUUGGAGACUUCGGUUCGGUACUGGCUCCAUACUUGAAACGAUUGGAAACGAUCCACAAAUCCGCUCCCGCCCUGGUCAUCGCUGCUAUGUCAGUCACGUCCGCAUUGAUCGUUCUUGUGCUACCAGAAACGAAGGACAAAAAACUACCUGAAGAUAUUGAUGACCUUGAUCCAGGACCACUGGUGCGAUGGAUGACUAAAAAUAAGAAGAAGAAGAAGAAUGAUUCACAGAAUGACGAUAUCUCGGCGAUGAAGAUGACGGCUGCUUCAAAGGGUGAAUCUGCCAGUGAAAAAGUUACAUUUGAAGCAUAA